AGUCGAGGUAGAACUGGUGACUCGAUGUCACUAUGGCUAGAACUGAGGUAAAUAAUGAUGACUGGAGUCAUAGCGGCCGAAGCCGAAGUAAUAAGUAAUGACCGGAGUCAUGUGACCGGAGCUGAAGUAAAACAUGUGACGUUGGGUUACUGGGCCGGAGCUGAAGUAAAGCAUGUGACACUAGGUCACUGUGGCCGGAGUCGAGGUAUAAGCAAUGACCGGAGUCAUAAGGGAUUCUGUAGUAGGCUCAUGCUCGACCUCUGCACCUCGUGUUCAAGUUCUGCACUUCGUGUUCAACUCGCAUUUGACCUCGGUAGCUCAUGUUUGAGCUUUGCACUUCGUGCUCGACCUCUAAAGCUCAUGGCUGACCUCGGCUGUAAGUGUUUGAACUCUGCAGCUCAUGCUAAAGUUCUACACUUCGUGCUCGACCUCUGCAGUUCGGCACUUCAUGCUCAACCUUUGCAGCUUUGAGAUUUUUCAAAUCUCAAAUUGUGGCGAAUCUCUGAUGAGAUUUGCUCAGGGCGUUUGGUAUUCUUCUGCCAAUAGUUCAUGGUUGAGCUCGGCACUUCAUGCUCAACCUCUGCAGCUUUGAGAUUUUUCAAAUCUCAAAUUGUGGCAAAUCUCUGAGGAGAUUUGCUUAGGGCGUUCGGUAUUCUUCUGCCAACAACAGAUAUCCUUUUGUCUCCCCGCAAUAAAUGCUGGCUCAGCAU